GUACAUACGAAAUACAUCCAUCACACGAAAAACAUCCCUUCACACAAAAACAACUACACUUCAAGGAGCCGCUCGCAAAGGUGGGCGAAUGCCCGAAUAAUUGACCGCCCAAUAUGGAUCCGCCCUCAGUCAACCUCAAGGCUUUAACAAACAAACCCAAUGGGUCGAUACCAACCAAAGAUUCAGACGACAUUCGCGAUUCCUUCUUCAAAAGUGUGCAAUGGUCCGCUGAUGGCACAACCCUCUUUACGUCAUCCUUCUCCAACCGAAUAAGCACCUUUGUCCUCCCCGAGACCCUCCUCCAACCGCGCGAGUCUCCCGUAGAACUCAUCGCCCACAGCACCCGCACCCUCCCCGAACCGACCAGCGCCAUUGCCCCGUGCCCUUACUUCGCCCUGGAACACCCCUCCACCCAGACCCUCCUCACAGCCAGCACCGACCACCCAAUCCACCUCCACCACGCCUUCCUCCCAUCACCAUCGUCACCAUCACCACCACCGCCCAACCCUCAAUCCGACGACCAAAACCAAGACAACGCAGACGACCACACCACCACACCACCCCACCCCACCCCCACCCGGACCCAACAACAACCCCCGCCCCUCGCCUCCUUCCGCCUAAUCAAGCACGAGACGGAGGCCUACCUCCCCAUCGCCUCGCUGAUCUGGCCCGCGCCGGGCACGCACUUCGUCGCGGGCACCGCCAACCGCAUCGCCCUCUUCGACGUCUCGCGGCCCGACGCCCUCACGCCGGACCCGCUGCUCUCCAUCGCCACCAUCCCCUCCACGCGCCACCUCGCCAAGGGCGGCGGCGUCGGCAUGAGGGGCACCGUCUCGGCGCUGGCGGCGCAGCCGAUGGCUGCUGCUGCCGUUGGGGGUGGUGGUGAUGGUGGGGGGUGGGGUUUGUUGGCGGCGGGGACGUGGACGCGGAAUUUGGGGCUGUACGAUCUUGUGCGCAGCGGGGAGUGCGUGGCGACGUGGAGCGCGGCGGGCGCGGCGAAGGAGGCUGGGAUUGGGGGUCGCGGGGUGAUGCAGACGGUUUGGUCGCCGUGCGGGCGGUAUUUGGUGGUGAAUGAGAGGGGCGCCACGGGGCUGCUGGUGUAUGACCUGCGGGGCACGCAUCGGCUGCUGGGGACGCUCGAGGGGAGGGGUGGGAUGACCAAUCAGCGGCUGAGCUGUGAUGUGUUUCCGGGGACGGAGAGCGCGGGAGGGUUUGAGGUGUGGGCGGGGACGAAGAAUGGGGGUGUGGUUGUUUGGGAGGGUGUCGGGAACCAGGAGGGUGCUGUUCAGCCGUCCUGGGACUGGAAAGCUCAUGAGUCGGCGGUUGGCGCUACGGCGAUGCACAUGAGCGGGUCGGUUGUGGCGACCUGCUCUGGAGCGUGGAAAUUUGUCGAUGACGACAGCUCUGAUACUUCCGAUGAGUCCGGUUCGGAGACGAGAGGGCCACGACGCAACAGCUCGAAACCCCGGGUGGUGGUUGAGGAGACUAGCGUCAAAGUAUGGAGUCUUGGACCAAGCAUCUCGUCUCCGGCUGAGGGAGGAAACGCCGAGGGCGGUGACGAUGAAACAUGACGGCAGUCGCUGCGCUGUCCAUCAGCGGAACAUAUUUAAUUGCUUGCACUCUUUUUGGUACUUUGAACGACCAGUUUCCAGAGCGA